AUGGCGGCAGCCUCAAUGUCAGCGGCUCUGAGGCAGGCUCUGGGUGCACGAAGAGCCUUGGCCUCCUGGCUUCCCACUAGGUCACUGAGCACUUCCACAUGGUGGCUGACAAAGGACCGAGCUCAAGACACACAACUCAUCACAGUUGGUGAAAAAUUGGAUAGUACUCCAUUGACUGGUGUCCCAGAGGAGCAUAUCAAAACUAGAAAAGUUCAGAUUUUUGUUCCUACUGGCAAUAACAUGCAGUCUGGAGUCAACAACAGAAAGAAAUGGAAGAUGGAGUUUGAUACCAGAGAGCAAUAGGAAAACCCUUUGAUGGGUUGGGCAUCAACAGUGGAUCCUCUAUCAAAUCUGGUUCUAACCUUCAGUACUAAAGAAAAUGCAAUUUCAUUUGCAGAAAAAAUGGCUGGAGUUAUGACGUUCAAGAGAGAAAGGUCCCCAAACCUAAAUCCAAGUCUUACAGUGCAAGCUUUUCUUGGAGCAAAAGAGCA